UUGAAAACCAUUUUUCAACCAACUUGACUAAGGUUCAAACCUCUUAUUUUCUUGCUGGUUUGCAAACUUCUUCCAUAAUGGAUCCUUCGUCUUUGAAAAAACCCUCGGAUAUGAAUUUACCAACUCCAGAAACUUUGGCUGCUGUAUUCAAUAUUAACCAUGAUAAAAAUUUGACUAUUAAAAGAAGAAAAUUAAAUAAUUCAUUAUCAGUUCCUAGAACUAAUCAAAAUAAUAAUGGAUUUUCUAUUGAAUCGUCAAUACCAGCACCCUUUUUACCGCCGUUCCCAUAUUCAAAUUUGAAAAAUUCUUUUGCGGCUUCUUCAUUACCUCCAACUCAUAAUAACGUUCCUUCUUCAAUAAUUCCAGUGAUAGAAUCUCCUUUAAGAGUGAAGGACUUCUAUAGUGACGUUGAAACCAACUUGGAUGACCCAGACGUUUCUGAUCAAUUAAAAUACAUCAUUAAUCGCUUUCCUCCUCCAAUUCCUCCAGUAAAUCAUUUCGACCCAAGUGACGAUGAAGAAGAAUAUGAAGAUGAAGAAGAUGAUGCUACCAACGAUGGGGUUUCCAUUCCCUUCAUCUAUCCACCUCCUCCAGUCAUUGAUCAAAUUUCCCCUCCCCUCCCCUUACCGUUUCCUCCACCAAAUUAUAUGCCAUAUUUACUAAAUACUGAUAGAUCUACUUUAACUCCUUCAGAAGUAUUUAAUAAAUUCUUGAAAGCUUCUAAUAAACUACCAAGAAUCGAUAUGGUGGUAGCAAGUGCCGCUGGCUCAUUAUUUGAUAUAAAAAAUCAAGCUAAUUUAGAAGGUUUCUCAAUAAAAGAUUAUGAAGAUUAUAUUUCAAAAUAUGGUAAACCUCUAAUUCAACAAAAGAAAAAGGGUAAAAGAGGUAGAAAACCGAAAAACAAAUUAAAUGAAUCUCAAAUAAUCCAACCUUCCGAUUAUGAAGAAGAAGAAGAGGAGGAGGAAGAAGAAGAAGAAGAAGAAGAAGAAGAUAUAGAUGAUAUGUCGAAUAAAGAAGAUUUACAAGAUUAUAUCGAUUAUGCUCUGAAUAUUGAUACCACCAAUGCUUAUGAUAAUUAUGAUGACGAAAAUCCCCAAAUCAGUAAUAAUAACGUUAUUAUUGAUUUAAAACCUCGAAUUAAAAUUAAUUACAAAUCAACUAAAAAUGGAUUGAUCGUACCUAGAGAUUCAAAAUUUUUAAAUCCAGCAGAAUUUGACCCCAAUGAUGGUAAUUCUUACGAUAUAAACUCUUCAAAUUUACUAACCGGUUUAUACAAUAAAGAUUUAAUAUUAGCUAAUGGUACUAAUAAAGAGAAAAGAAGAAAUGAGUUGAAAAAGUCACUUAAUAAAUUAACUAACUUGAAUGAUGAUCAACGUUAUAGACUUUAUAUCAAUAAGAAAAAUCAAUUAUUGGACAAAUUAAAUAAUUUAAAGAAUUCUAAAAUUCAUUUUAAUGAUGAAGAAACUUCAAUUAAAGAUGAUGAAUUAUCAAAUAUAAUCAAUGACUUACAAAGCAAAAGGAAUUUGGAACUACUAAGAUUGAAAAUACAUUCAAAUUAUGAAUUAUUGAAAAGUUCAAUGUCAUUCUAUGAAGAUUCAAAUAAGUAUUAUAAAAAAAUGAAUAAUUUAUCAAUCAAUAAAUUAUCAAAAUUGAAAAAUUUCUUCGAGUUCCAAAAAUCUACUUUUGAAGAAGUAUUAAAUAAAUCAAAUGAUUAUUUUGAUAUUAAAUCAAAGGAUAGCUCCAAACUUUUCAAUGGGAUUUCAAAACUUGACUACAACAAUCAAAUUAGAUCACUAAUGAAAGAUAUCUUGAAUAAUGAAUCUCAAUCAACUUCCAUUUCUCACACUCCUUUAGCAACUUCUAUUGAUAAUACUUCUUCAUCAACUUCAUUGGAUUUAUUGAUGCAUGAUUUCAUGCCUCUUAUAACUUCGGAAGAAUUUGAUUUGAUCACUGGUGACUUACCGCUGAAAUUAAAAUCUUCGUCGUCUUCAUCAACUUCAAAAGAUUCCGCAGCUAAUAAACUGAAAUCAAAUAUGAAUAUUAAACAUCAAAUUUUCCAAAGCCCCCUUUAUGAUAAAACUUCGGGUUCUGAUACUAAUGGUAAUAUCAGUUUUACUAGUAUGAGUAAUGGGAAUGCCAGUGAUAGUGGUGGCUCUUCAACUACUACUCCAGCUAAAAGAAGACCUGGUCGUCGGGCUGGUACUAAUUCUAAUUCCAAUUCUAACGAUAAGGAUGAUGAUCCCGAUAAACAACAUACUGAAGCAGCGCUUUUAGCUAAAAUCAUGAAACAGUUUUUAGGUCCCGCUGCUGCUAAAAAUGAUGAAUUGAAUGAAGACUUAAAUAUGAUGGGGGUUAAAACUAGAUGGCCAGUUGGUAAAUAGAUCAUAUAUACAUAUAUAUAUACGGAGAUCAAUUGGG